CUACACCUUAAAUCUCCGCACACUCCCCUCUCACGAUCCCAACUACAACCCAGAACCUCCUACCUACCUCCACCCCCACUCAUCCCUACCUUGCUACUCGGAUACCCUGUCACCCAAGAAAUCAAACUCAGGGGUGCCGGAUAACGGUAGUUCAGCGGUCAAGAUGGCUCAGUACGGUGCCCCCAUCGACCUGCCUGCAACAAAUGGAUCGCAGAAUGGGAAAAGAGUUGCAUACGUUAGUAUCUCCCAUCCCCAAUAGGAUCGCCGAGCUUCUCAAUGCUCUGGGUAAUUCCAACUAUGCACUGACAUGCGAGAUCUUAGUUUUAUGAUUGUAAGUUGCUGCACCCAAAACCGCACCCUUUGGAACCGACAGUGGUCGACAAGCAGUGGCAAGCAUCGAAGCAUGGGCUCUUUAUACAGAGAAUUUGACUAACAAGUCUUCCACACUAUCCAGCCGAUGUUGGGUAAAUAUACUGUCUUCAUAACCUGGGUCUCAUCUAACUUCAGUAGGAAUUACGCAUACGUUGCAGGCCACCCUAUGAAGCCGCACAGAAUCCGGAUGACCCACAGUUUAAUCAUGAACUACCGGUUGUACAAGAAAAUGGAAAUUUAUGUAAAAUCCCUGAAAGCUUUGAAGCAAUAGAGGUCACUACUGAAGCUCUGCCCAUCUUGUAGCGCGCAAAACCAGCCACCAAACAAGAAAUGUGUCAAUUCCACACGGAUGAAUACAUUGAUUUUUUGUCGAAGGUGACGCCUGACAAUAUGGAACAAUAUUCCAAAGAGCAAGGAAAAUACAAUGUCGGGGACGAUUGCCCGGUAUUCGACGGCUUAUUCGAGUUUUGUGGCAUUUCCGGUGGUGGUAGCAUGGAAGGUGCCGCAAGACUUAACCGUGGAAAAUGUGACAUCGCGAUCAAUUGGGCCGGUGGCCUUCACCACGCGAAAAAGAGUGAAGCAUCUGGGUUCUGCUACGUUAACGGUCAGCUCGCUCUAGAGUUUUAUUCCUAGAACUACUACUAACAUUCACCAGACAUUGUCCUCGGAAUUAUUGAACUGCUCCGGUACAAACAGCGUGUUCUUUAUAUUGAUAUCGACGUCCACCACGGCGAUGGUGUGGAAGAAGCUUUUUAUACCACUGAUCGAGUAAUGACUGUUUCUUUCCAUAAGUACGGUGAAUAUUUCCCAGGCACCGGUGAACUCCGUGAUAUUGGUGUUGGCGCUGGAAAAUACUACGCAGUAAACUUCCCAUUGCGCGACGGUAUUACCGAUACCACAUAUAAGGAGGUUUUUGAACCUGUUAUUGGACAUGUGAUGGAAUUCUAUCGGCCUGAUGCUGUUGUUCUACAGUGUGGUGCAGACAGCUUGUCUGGCGAUAGAUUGGGGUGCUUCAACCUAAGCAUGGCGGGCCACGCAAAUUGUGUUGAGUUUGUCAAAAAAUUCAACCUUCCAACCCUUGUGGUUGGUGGUGGUGGCUACACCAUGAGAAAUGUCAGUAGAGCUUGGACAUUUGAGACAGGCAUCCUUGUCAACCAGAAGGUUGGGCCAAACUUGCCCUUUAGUGACUUUUACGAGGUACGCCAAAUACGUUCUACCCCAGUCCUGUUCAUAUACUCAUAUCAAUUGAUUUUUAGUACUUUGGCCCCGAUUACGAGCUUGAUGUCCGCCCAUCAAAUAUGGAAAACCUCAAUUCAAGGGAGUACUUGGAAAAAAUCAAGAUCCAGGUCCUCUCUAAUCUCGAACGUACUCGACAUGCCCCCAGUGUCCAGACUGCAGAUGUUGGGAAAGGCUUGACAGAGCAUCAAGAGGAGCAAGAUGCAAUUUUAGACGAUAUUGAUGAGGAUGGUCCGGGCAUGGAUACUCGCCAAACCCAGAGGCAGUGGGAUCGCGCAACAGAGAAGGAAGGAGAGCUGUAUAGCGAUAGUGAGGACGAAGAUAUCGCAAGUACAAUGGGAGUCCGGAAAACUGGCAAAAAAGGGUCGCGCAAUGCUCGAGAUUGGAAAGAUGGUGGUUCCGGAACAGGAUCCGGAAAUGCAACUCCCUUCACAGGACCUGGCGGAAGUGAUAAUGCAAGCGAAUCAGCCGGUGGUAACACAACUAAGGGCAGUGGGGCCACAAGCAAACGAGAUGGAGAAGGCCGUGACCUCACCGAGUACGACGAGGAGCUCGAGGCGUUGAGAAAAGAGACGGAGGAGGAGGCCCAACCCGACAACGAUGGAGACGUAGAAAUGGGGGAUGAGCAACCGGCGCCAAGCACCAAUGCCCUAACAGAUGAAGCAGCGGACGAAGAAAUGGCCGAUGUUCCGGCACAGUCUUCCACAUCCUCGGCGAAAGCAGACCCUGCCCCCGUAGUCGAGUCCUUGGCCCAAGCCAAGCCCGAGGCCGCAACCACCGACAAGAUCAAAAUUGAGGCCAACGAAUCCUCCAAAACAGAUUCUCCUACGAAGGGUUCUAAUCCGGGAGCAGCUAGGCCCUCCGAGUCUUCAGUCGUAGAAACCGCUUCCGAGGGAUCCGGUCCUACGGCCUCUGUCGCCGAUGGGCACGGCUCGAAACCCCCUCUCACGGCAGAGGAGUCAGCAUCUAGCGCAUCUAACCCGGCUGAGACCCCCUCUAAGGAAGAUAAAUAAGGACUUGUGUGCGUCCUGGGUAACCUUAUUUUCAUUCAAGCUUUUUUUUACCAUUUUCAUCAACAUCCGGUAAAGUCAUCGUGUCUAGUUUGGGAGGGGUUAAUUACUUUGGAUUACAUCUUUUGACUUUGGGACAAGUAAGAGGUUUACAACGAUAUCCAGAUAUAUGGUACAGUAGCCUAUCAUUGCCCGGUUUCAAUUCUUUUGAAGGCGGAACAGUUUGUUCUUGUCAGUCAUCUCCGUAUUUCUAGCUAGGUUUUUCUUUGGUCUGGGUGGUGGAUUUUUUAGUCCAAAACAUGUAUUCUACAACUGUCUGCACCUUUCGCUUAAAAUCGUCAAUGAUUCUGAAGGGCUCAAUCGUAUUAAAAACCACCACACCAGUUCACAGAACCCACCAAUUCGAGAUUUGUUCCCCCCAAGAUAGAAAUUACACCUGAAAAAAAAAAUGAAAAAAAGUCCCACCAAAUUAACGAACCUUCGUUUGUUUGUUCGUUCAAACGGGUUUUUUUUAGAUAAGAUUUUAUUGAAUUAUUUUAAACUCCAUUUCGAACCCAGAAGCUCAAGCCGCAAUAGUAACUUCCACCUCGACACCCGCCUCGAUAUUGAUGAUGAUCUGCUUGACGACUUCGGUAGGCGCGUUCAAGCUAUAAUUCCCCGCCAGCAAUUAGCUCCACCAAAAUCCCCUCCAAAAGUCAAAGAAAAAUAAAAUAAAUAAACAAAUAAAUAAAGGAGGUAGGUGAUAGCAGCAUACUCAAUCAAGCGUUUAUGAAUCCUCAUCUCGAAGCAAUCCCAAGUCUUGGAACCCUCACCACAAGGCGUCUUGCGCGUGGUGACUUUGAGGACCUUAGUGGGGAGCCUGACGGGGCCCUUAACGCGAAGGUUCUUUGUUUUAGCACGCUCGAUCAAGUCCGCCGUAACUGCAAGUCAGGGAGGAAAAGAGAAAAGUCAGUGUACACUCAUUCGAAAGAUGAAUGUUCUUCUUCCCCCAAAAGCCCAAAUACCUUUCUCCAAAGACUUAACCUUGCACGAGGUAAGAGUGAUACGAAUGCGGUGAGUCUUGGGCCCUUCCCCGAACUCGCCCUUCUCUGGUUUGUUGUAAGACAUUAUUUUGCAAAGAAGAUGGCGAAAAGAACGGUGUCUCGACUGUUGAGGGAGGGGUUUCUGGUCGGUCGGUUGGUUUUCGUUGUUUGGUAGUUCUAGGAA